AUGCAAGGUACUCACACUCCUCCCAACGCCUCUUCACCCAACAUUUUCUUGUCCUUCUCACCACAAACACGCUUCAUCUUCUACGGCCAUUGUCAUCUCCCACACCUGACGGAAAACACGCGAUCCACGAUGUCCCACGAAUCAGUCUGGUACUCGCGUCCACGCACCUACGGCAAAGGCUCGCGCAACUGCGUCGUAACAGGCGAAAAGAAAAAAGCCGGAAUCAUCCGCAAAUACGGCCUCAAUAUGAGUCGUCAGGCUUUCCGCGAGAAGGCGGCGGAUAUUGGGUUUGUCAAGUACCGGUGA